AUGCAAUUACCGGGCGACGAGCGCCACGUUUACUUUUCGCGGGAACAUCAAAGGCGCCGCGGCCCCGCGCGCAAAAAACCGCCUUUGUGGAUAGCCUUCGCAGCUAGUGACGGCAAUCCCGGGGACGCGCUGCGGUAUCCCCGACGUACCCGGCAACUAUUCCCGGCCCCGGGAACACAAAUUAAAGCGCCACCUUAUCGCCACCUAGCGCCGCGCCAGAUAGUGCGAACGGGAAGCGGGGGCGGAAUUAUGGCGCGCGAGGCGGGCUUCUGCAUCUCGCCGGCCAAAGGUGCCGCUAGAUACGGCCGCCGAUUAGAUCCGCCCGCGCCGGAUCCGCGGCGGACGCGUAUCGCGGACAAUAAAUUGGCAAUACGU